CAGAAUCUAGAAUUUGACAAUCAGAUUUUUUCUUGCUUCUGUCUUCACUUAAAGCAGACAUUUCAGCAGAGAAGCUAGGUAAUGUGAAAGAAACAUUCGUCUCAUUUUUCGUUUCUUCAGAAAUGGGAUGAAAAAACGUGUGCAAUACAAAUAAAUGAAUACUUGUAAAUAAGCACCCAUGUACAUUUCCUUUUUAUUUUCGUUGUACGUUUUAAAUUGUUACAUUUAGACGUGAAAAACGAUGUCGAAUCAAAUAGUUCAAUAUGUUUUGUUAAGAAGUGAUUUAUUGAAGGAAUUAGGCUGGUCGAUAGGUGCUUUAGUAGCCCAGGCCUGCCAUGCUUCUACCGCGGUUUUGCACCUGUACAGAGAAGAUGAUAAUACUGUUAAAUAUUUAACUGACUUAGAUAAUAUGCACAAAGUUGUUCUGGAGGUACCAAAUGAAGAUUCUCUCAAAAAGGUAGCAGAAAAAUUGAAAGAGAAUUCCAUAGAUCACAAACUUUGGAUUGAACAACCAGAAAACAUACCUACUUGCUUAGCCCUGAAACCCUAUCCUAAGGACCAAGUCAAGAAAUAUGUAGGCAAAUUUAAAUUAUACAAAGCUACUUUGAGUAGUGAAUUAGCAUCAUAAGCUGGUUUAAAUAAACAUUUAAAGUUACAUAAA